AUGUCAUCGACCGUACGUAACGCUGUACAAAGAAGAAAUCACAAAGAACGUAGUCAAAUCGCUGGCCGUGAACGGCUUGGUCUUUUGGAAAAGAAGAAGGACUAUCUCUUACGUGCCAAAGACUAUCAUGCAAAGCAGAAAAAGUUGAAGGCCAUGAAAGAAAAGGCCUUAUUUAGAAAUCCCGAUGAAUUCUACUUCAAGAUGAUCAAUACACAAACCAAAGGUGGUGUACAUAUACAAAAAAGAAACGAAGAAUUACCGGAUGAAAUGGUUCAGUUGAUGAAAUCGCAAGAUAAAGAAUAUAUAAAAUACCAGAGAGAUCUUAGUAAAAGAAAAUUAGAAAAGUUAAAGGCAUCGCUACACUUCAUUGACGAUCCAGAAGACAAAGAUGAGGACGAUGUUGAGGACGAUUCUGAUGAAGAAACUCUGAAACCAGCCAAAAACAAACGAUCAAACCAUAUUGUGUUUGUAGAUACAGAUGAAGAGGCUCGUCAAUUUAACCCGGCAAACCACCUCGAUACUUUACCGGAACUCGUGAAUCGUAAAUUCAAUCGACCACGCAUAGAGACAUUGAAGCAGAUAGCGAUCGAUAACCCACAUAGUGGCAAAGAGUUAAAGGAACUGAAAAAGGAGAGAGAGAGAUUAUAUAAAGAACUAGUGUCUCGUAUGAAGCGUGAAAAGGAGUUAAGCCGAGCAGAGCAGGAAUUAGAGAUUCAAAAAGCGCUGAGGACAAAAGGUAGAAGGAAGGAAGUUGGCAAAGACAAACACGGUUUACCAGUAUAUAAAUGGAAGGCUGAUCGUAAGAAAUAA